AUGACAGAAUAUGUUGCUGUCCUGCCAUUUAUGAAGUUUCCAGUUUAUGGAAAUUCUUUCACGGAGCUAAGCUUUAUGCCAAAUGGAUUAUGUGCUCAAACUCGCAGUAGGAAGUGUUACGCUGCAUGUGGUAGAGCUACACAAAACCACCACAAGCCUGGUGGAUUCUGCAUCACAAACCUAAAAGUAAAUCACAAGCAGAAGGUGACAAGCAUGAAAUGCUAUUGUUUAGGAACUUUAAUAAGUACAAAUGGUGAUCCUUCUGUGUGGAUUCCUGUAAUUGAUCAAGUGCUCCUCAUGUCAAGUAUUUUUCUUACACAUUUGGCUGGAGUUAUACCUGCUGAUGGGCCCUUUUCAACUUCUAGAAGAAACAAAUCUAGUGAUACUGUGGAUCCUGAUGGGACUCCCAUUUCUGGUAGUGGUGUAAAGAAUGAUAAGGGCAAGGAGGUUAGCUUAGAGUUGUCAUGGGAUACUGUGGAAAACAAACUUAUCAAUUCCAUAACUGCAAUUGAACAUGGGACCAAACUUGAAAAUGAAACUAUGGAAUCAGGACAAACUGCCAACAAAUCUUCAAGUUUGUCUGCCAUUGCAGAGGGUCCCAGGUUCCGGUUGAUGUUGGCUUCUUUUCAUUGGCUUAAAAACGAGGUGGACAAUAUCUAUAGAAGCACUUCUACAUCAGACAUGAAAAAUCUGCAGAAGGUUUUCUCUGAAACCCUACAGAGAUCUUCAUUGUCUAUAUGCACGAAUUGGCUGAAAGAAGAGCUUUUAUUAAGAAACAAGAGAUCCAUGAAGGAACUCCCCCUUCGAUUAUUUGAAAAGUUAAAAGGAGAUGACUCAGUUGUACAAAUGGUUAAAAAAUCAGGCAAGGAGGAUCUUUAUACUGAACUACUUUACAUACUUAGAUUUGAUUCUGUCAGCCAGGAUUCCCGUUAUGAUGACAAUUUUUUUGGUUGUUGGGGGGUUUCUGUGUUGGAAGAUUUGGUGAUCACAUUAUCUGAUGGAAUCGCGAGCAUCUAUUUGGAGUUAAUUUCUGUAGACAGUGACAUGUCAAAUGACAUAAAUGACCUCGGUUUGAAUUUGUGCACCUUAUCGACCCGAGCACUUCAAAGACUACGUAACGAGGUGUCACUGAACCAGUGGUUUGUUCAAAACAUGGAGACGGUUGUAUCCAUGUAUGAGGAUCGGUUUGACCUUCGUGUCCUUGAAAGUCGACGCGUUCUUGAAUCCUCCAAGGGCAAUUCUGGAAAGUUUGGUUGGUUGAAGAAGAUUGGUGUAAGGAAAUCAACACCAUUACCAUUGGUGUCUCCUUUAUUAUGCUAUGCUGUAAUCAGCUGUGUUCGUGUGCCUGUGAAGCGCACCAAAGAAUUACGGGGCCUCGUGGGCUGGAGGUACUAUUUCAGCCUAUACCUUGAGCUGAGUGAUAUUGGAAUGCCUUUUGUAAGGACGGUUGCUGCAAAGAUUAGCGAUGCAGUGUCGUUCUUUUUGGUUUGUUUGAUUGGGAGAUCUUUGGGACUUAUUUACACUGGGAUAAGACAGUCGCUGAGCCAAAUUCGGCUUCGACUUUAUAAUCAGAUUCGAUUUGGGUUUUUAAUAAAUUCAACGCCUGGGGAAAGAAGAGUCGUACAUUGUUACACGAGUACGACUAUGGUGAUGCGAUCAGUAGGUAGAUGGUAUCAUAUAUUAAGGAAGUAUCAAACAUCCAGACGGGUACUCAACUCGGUUGCUCUAUAUUCAUGCCGGAAAAUCAACAAUGGUGGAUUAAUACAUAAACAACAUACUCAUAGGUUUUCAACUGUACCAGAAUCAUGUAGAACGUCUCCUUCAGAGGUCGAUCUAUUGUCGACCUUCAUCAGAUCUAGUCUUAACGAGCUCGAAGGUCCCUCUCAUUGUUGGUUCAAUAGAAGCACUACCACCAAGGAUUUAACCGGGAAAAAUGGAGUCUUCUUAGUUGUUGCUGGUGCUUUUCUUGAAUCAGGCCACAAUUCAACCUUUAUGUUUGAAAAAGUAAAAUCACUUCAACAAAGGCAUCCUUCCCUCAAUGUUAUGGGAUUUCAAGUCUGUAAAUCAGUUAGCAGUGAUGUUGUUUGUUCUCAUUUAGCAAAGACUAUCAUGAGUGAAUACAUCACAUUUCCUAUUUUAGUCUCGACCAAAUCUCUUUCUGAGAUGUCUGAUAAAAUGGGCUACAUAAUAUUUAAAGGUAUGGAAGGUCCUCUACUCUUGCAUGACAAGGAUGUGGAUUUUGAAAUUCUCGAGACAGCCAUUAAGGAGUUAAUCUUUCAACAGAAAGAAAAACCAGGAUUGUUGCAUAAUCUGAGAGGCAGUUGGGUAAAGCCACUUGAUGCUUUAAAGGAACCAUAUCUCUGUUCCCCAUUGCAGAAUUUACUUCUUUAUUUUCCAGGUUGCAUUGAGGUUGAUGAAGUUAAUGAACGGUUGUUUCUUUCUGACACAAAUCACCACCGUAUAAUUGUCUUUGAUGGCAAUGGAAAUAUCUUAGAUUGUAUUGGAUCUUCACCUGGAUUUGAAGAUGGAGAGUUUGAAUCAUCCAAAAUAAUCCGCCCUGCUGCUUUGUUUUAUCACAAUGAGGAUGAUUACCUCUAUUUUGUUGACUCAGAGAAUCAUGCUAUAAGGAGAGCUGAUAUGGAGAGCAGGACAGUUGAGACAUUAUAUCCAAAACCUAAUGUCAGUGAGACAAAAAGUGGUUUAGUUAGUUGGAUCAUUGAUAAACUUUGGAGUACGAAAGACAUUCCUUCAAAUUCUGAGGAAGUUGAUCCUAAAUUACUUUUUUACCCCUGGCAUCUUCUCAAGUCAUUGGAAAACGACCUCUUUAUUCUCAACCACAGUUUAGAAACUUUAUGGAUCUUGGAUCUGUCAUCUGGUAUCAUUAAAGAAGUGGUCAAAGGAUCUGCAAAGAUUAUAGAGAUCUGCGGACAUUUGAUAAAGGAGAAAUCAUCCCUUGUAAAAGAAAUACCGCCUAGUCAGCUUCCACAAAAUAAUUUCUCGGUCGAGGGUAUUUCACAUGCAGGUCUGCUCUCUUCCGUGGCAACUUUUCAGGACAAUAUCGUAAUUUGUGACACAGAUGGUCAGGUGGUGCUGAAAUACAACAAAACUUGUGACUCAAUGACAAGCUUUGAGUUUUCAAAUUUUGGAAUGCUUGGAUUGCCAUACUGGUUGGUGCCCCCUAUGGAAUCAGCUUAUGCUGCUGGUUUUGGUGUCGCGGGACUUCCCCUGGAUCAUAUUCAACAUUUCAGCUUGUUACCAGGCAGGAUAGACAUAAGGAUGAAAGUAGAAAUCCCUCAAGAUACAGAGCUUGUGGAGCCGCUAGAUGAAGCUUGUAUUUGGCGCCAAACAAGAGGCACUGCCACUGAAACUUUAGGAGCCGAGAACAAAGCUGAAUCCACAGAGAAGGUUGGUGUGGCCCAACAAUGGUAUGAUGAGUUAGAUGAACUUGCGUCUUUAACACAAAAACAAGUGGAUGCUGAAGAGGAUAAAAAUAUGUCUGAUUCCAGAGUGCAAGAUGGGAAUGUAUUCAUUGAUUGUGCUGUGAAUACUAGCCCAGGAACAAGUGAGGUUAUUAUCAAUGCUGCAUUGUACUUGAGAAUUAAAAGCGGUGAUGAUUCUAAGAAGAAGCAGGAGGUGGGUAGAUUGAUAGAUGCUUUAAACCUGAGUGGGAAGGGUAACAACGUCUUUUUGAGGCCAUUACAUGUGAAGUUAAAGAUCAAUUCACUUGACCACCCAAAAGCAGACAACUCAAAAGACAUAAUUUUGACAGAAUCUGCUAUACAAGUUAAUGUUUCUCUCAAGUAACUGCACUUGUUUGUGUUAUAUAAUUAUUUUUUUGUCCCUUUGGGGAGGCUGGUGGUUUGCCACCUCAUCUUUUGGUAAGAAAUGUUUUUCAAAUCACUUGUUUUGGGCAAUCAAAAGAAAAUUUUGUACUUUAAUAAUCGUUACUUGAAAAUUGAAAUUACUAACUUUUAUUCUGACUCA